UUCGAAACUUAAACAGUUGGAAGGAUAGUUUGGAUAAAUGUAAGAGAACAUCCCGGUUCCCGCCACCGACGAGAAAACGAAACCCAAAUGGAUUUGCAGUCUAUCUGGUGCAGUUGUUGGUAUCCAGUUCCCAGUACCAAAUUAUCCUACCCUCGUAAACUCGUUACUGCACCCAGUCUUGUUUGUCCCAAGAUAUCUGGAACCUAUAUCAAAUGGGAGUUUCAGAACGACCGAUUUAUGAAACCCUCAAAAUCAUAUACUACGUUUGGCUUCAAGAAAAGAACUGUGGAGUUUCAAUUGCCAAAUUUGAGUCGAGAAGUUGCAGCCAAUGCUUCAAGUUAUGUUCCAAAUUCGAGGAGGAAUAGUCCUGUGGUCGCCAAUAAAUUUGAUCGAGCAGAACCCUUUCGUGGGAAAUCGGGUUCAGUUUCCUUUUACGGGAUAACCCACCAGGUGAUAGAGGAAGGAAAAUUGGUAUCGUCCCCUUUCAAGGAUGGCACAGGUUCUUUCAUUUGGGUUUUGGCUCCUGUUGCAUUGAUAUCUUCCUUGGUGCUUCCACAAUUUUUCUUAAGCAAUGCUAUUGAUGCAAUUGUAAAGGAUGAGACCCUUGCAGAAAUUGUGGCAUCUUUUUCUUCAGAGGUUAUGUUUUAUCUAGGUCUAGCUGCAUUCUUCCUUGUCACCAAUCAUGUUCAAAAGCCAUAUCUGCAGUUUAGUGCAAAGAGAUGGGGGCUCAUUACGGGCCUCAGAGGAUACUUAACUUCUGCCUUCUUCACCAUGGGCUUUAAAGUCUUUGCCCCUCUCUUAGCUGUCUAUGUAACAUGGCCAGCUCUUGGUCUGCCUGCAUUGGUUGCAGUAACUCCAUUUUUACUUGGCUGUGCUGCUCAAUUUGUAUUUGAGGUGCAUCUGGACAGAAUUGGUUCAUCUUGUUGGCCUGUAGUGCCCAUUAUAUUUGAGAUUUAUAGGCUCUAUCAGUUGAGCAAAGCUGCUCAUUUUAUUGAGAAAAUGAUGUUCUCAAUGAAGGGGUAUCCUGUCUCCCCUCAGCUGCUGGAGAGAAGCAAUGCUUCGGUAUCCAUGUUGGUGUCUUUCCAAGUCCUUGGUGUGGUUUGCUUAUGGUCCUUGACUACAUUUCUUUUAAGGCUCUUUCCUUCUAGACCUGUUGCUGAAAAUUAUUAGCCUUUAUAAUUGUCAUUGUACAGUCAAUUCUUACACUUCUUAUUAGUCUUAGAGGCCUAAGUCAAUGGUCUGGAUUUAGGGAUUGUAUGCACCGUCAAAUGGUCCCUGUUAAAAUUUGAUCUGGGGGAUGAUUAGUCAUCGGACUUGCAUAUUUGCUUAUUGUUCAUGAUCAUUUGAGCAAUCAAAGGAGUGAUGGAUUAGAUAAAUGUGAUUGUCAUGGAUGGCCUUUGGUAAUGCACCACUGAAGCAUCUGUUGUUCCUUGGAGCAGUAAAUCAGAUAUCCUAUUACUUUGCCA